GUGCAUUGUUAUUUCAACUCGUGAACUGAGCAGUGAAUAUCCGGAGCGAUUUUGCUUCCUUCGAUGUUUCUUCUCAUGUGUGACUGAAAGUGCUACAGAAUGGAUUGCGAAUUUGAAGGGGAACGCAGAUUGGUGUGUAGAUUUGUUUUGCAAACGUAAUUUGGUUUAGGUUUUUGGUGGAAUUUCUUGAGGCUGGUAAACAUUGAGCAAUUUUCACGUUACAACGUGUGCGGAAAGAAAUUUUAGAGUAAUGUGCGUUACUGUGUUGAUUCGCGAAAUCUUCUAACUCCUUUUCAUUAAAAUUUCCGUGUUUAUCGCAGAGGAAACAGAACCGCAGGAAUUAUAACGACGAUACAGAUGACAUUAUUGAAGGAAAGCGUACGUUUAGCGUGGAAGAAAAGCUAAACAGUGAGAAAUUUGCCGAGGGUGAUUUUGUAAAGAGACUCAGUGGAGACGGUUAGUCCAAAGGAAUUAUUUGGCUGAAUAAAAAAAUUGCAGUUGAAAACUCGCUUGCUCACAUAAUGUUUUAUUAUUGUAGAAAUCAACCUAAAGUAUAUACAGGAGAAUGGUUUCACUUCACCAAUUCUAAUAAAAAACACUGAGGGACUUGAUAUGCGGUACGUAUGCAAUCUGUGAAUGCACAAAGCCGAUAGCAUGAUCGUAGGUUUCAGAGAGAAUGUUUGUUUCAAGUUGUCCAGUUUCUCAAUGUUCUCAAGUAAAAGUUCAAUUAUAUUUACUACACUGUUAUUUAGGGUUCCUAACAAAGAUUUUACAGUCGAAGAUGUGAAGAAUUUCGUCGGUAAGCCGUUCUAGCUAAUUUGAAAUUCUCUGAUUACAUGUAAUAUUUUUCGUGUAUGCCCUCAAUUGCGUUUGAGCUUAUUAAAACUUGCAUCGGUUAAAAUUGUUGAUGUCGGUUCUCUUGUUAAGGCUGUCUGUUGACAUUGGUUAUUAGGGGCUCGGAGAAUUGUGGAUGUAAUAGAUGUCAACACACAGCAAGCUUUGGAAAUGACUCUGCAACAGUGGGUGAAAUAUUUCACCAGCGAACAGAGAGAGGACAUUUACAAUGUUAUAAGCUUGGAAUUUAGCCACACUAAACUGGAGGAUCUGGUGGAACCACCUCACUUGGUGAGCAAGUUGUAUUUUUUAAGGUUUUUUGUUCAUGAAAAUGUAUAUUUUGUCCUUUAUUUAUGGUAGGUUUUCGGAGUUUUGGGCUUUGUGUGUGACUCGUUUACUCAGUGUAGCACUUACUACUAUUGGUUGCGUUUUAAACACUUAAACUUAAUUUAAUUCAAUAAUUGUUAUUUUCCGUUAACAUUUCUUGCUAAAAAUCGUCUUCCUUUGGGAUUAAUAAAUAUCUUUUUGACUGUAAGUGGUUGGUGAUGUUUUGAACACCCCAGCUUCUAUUAUCACAAAGCUAGCUACAUAGGUUGUAUUAGUGCCGAAUGAAAAUUGCAGAGAAACUUCCCCAACCAGGGGCUUUCCACAUUGCGCUCCCCGAACUCUACUUUGCUCAGCUCAUUAUCGUGCUGGGAUGAUUUUAACCGGAAAAGGACGGAAAGUAAAAUCAGGAACUAUUCAUGCCAAGAACUGCUCCUAAGAGCUGAAAGGUGCCCUGGAGCUCUUUACUAUUCACACGCCCUUUAAAAACAAAAACCCGAAAACUAUGAUAAGGAAACCAGAAGCCAGUUUCGUACCUCUGAAAUUUUCGGGUUCAGUUUCUUUAAUUUUACAACAUUUAUCCAAUGUAGCUUUGUUUUAGUGUUGUAAAGCUACGGCAGGGACAUUUUGGUUGCGAGUGUUGAAAGAAUUUUGAUGCUCAUAUUCGCACUUAAAAAACGAAGAAUAAUGAAAAUAAUUAUAAAACCAAAUUUCUUCCAUAUCAUCUCGAUAAAGUCCCUUGUGUAAUCUUCGUCCGUGUACAUGUAAUAAAAACAUAUCUUCUUGCGGCGGUUAAAAACACUGUGGCUUCUUUUUCAAAGUGGUGCGUAAAUCUUCGUGCAAUUUUGUGCGUCACAGGCCGAACUUCUGUUGUGUACAUGAUUUAAGCGUGGUUUUCAACUUGGUUAAAAUUGUACCCUUGUGUUUACGUUUAAACAUAAAAAUUUCCUCGCUGUUCUUCCGAUGUAUGCGAAUUUUAUUGGAGAACAAAGGCUUAUUCAGCUUUUUACAAGCUAUAUCUUGCCGAUAACUGAAAAUGGUUUUGAAUAUCGGCAAAAAACGCCACGCAUCCUGCAAAGGGGUUUAGCUAUGCAAAUAUGGCGGCUUGAUCAUUAGUGCCAAUGUUGGUGUGAGCCGCAAAGAAUCGGAUGAAAACGAAAGGAUGAGGUUUUUGGAGGGGACUUUGAAAUUAUUUAAAAUAAUCGUGCUGUCGAGGCUUUUACCAUGUUUUGGACAUUUGAUAGCGUGUCAGCGAAUAACAGGGACAAGUGACUGAAUACCUGCUCUCUGAGACCCGUUCACUUGCCGAGUUCCCGCUAAACUGGUCUACAUAGAAAUGGAUAUAAUUAUACAGAUCGAGCAGAGAGACGGUGAUGGCUGUUUAGGCAAACGUCUUAUACCCAUUUGUGCAAUGACUGUUGAAUUACCACCGUAAAAAUUAGAAUUUACCACUAUUUUGUUUUCACAUAGUCCCGCCUCCUGUUGCUUUAAUAUGGCUGAACUGAAGGGUGGUAUCCCUUAAUGCAUCAACAUGACGAUCUUCAAACUGAACUUGAACAUUCCUCUAUCCGCGUAUCGUAUCAGAUAAAAUUUUUGCUGUGCCAUUUUUUCAAACCUUUCUACUGGUAAAUUUACUAGCUGCUUGUUUUGUGAAAUACAUUUGACCAAAGUUCUACCGGAUUAUUUAAAGACAUUUUUUUCCUACGUGGGCAACAUAAGGCUCUUGAUGCACAUUCUAUUUCCAAUUCACUCGAAGCGUGAAUUUUAACACGUGCUUAUUAUUGCUGGGUUUAAAGUUAGUGAAAGUUGACACAGUAUUCAAUUUUUGCGGGUAAUGUUUGUUCCUUCCUCCAUGUAAUUAGCAGAAAAACGAACAACCAAUGGUGUUGAAAAAGGCUUAACGCCAUUGUUGGUUACAAAUUUGUUUCCACAAAAAACGACUUAGUACGGUUUAAAUACGAACCAGAAACAUUCGAGUAUAAAGUCAUUUGUCUGAAGUACUAGGAGAGAUGUUUAAAGUCUGCCAUAAAAAUAGAACCUAAAACGUUUGGUUUUUAGAAAGUUCCAAACUUUCGAGUAACAUCUACCCUUUUCAUAAAUAACAUCCUGUCAAAGGAAUUAUCUUUUUUAAAAGUUUGAGAAGGUCGUAAUGGAAGGAAAUAUUCUUGAUUUUUGAUCCACAUGCAAUAACCAAAUUUAACAGAAAGGUUUUUCCUUGAAACUUACUGAAUUUAUAUUUAAACGUCAAAUUAAAAUCACCAUUCUGUAGUUAUUCUCACUUUUUUACGUCACGGAAAUGAUAAUUUACCACUUUAGAAAAUCGUGAUUUCAGUGGACGACUACUGCACUUUCGCGCAAGAUCUGAAGCCGCAGUUAAGACUCGUGUUUGAAAUGAUCCCUUUUAUUUUGCUCUGAAAUAUCAAUCUCCAAUGUAAAAAUGUCUUGCACAAUGUUUACAGCUGGACAAAACGAGGUCAUAACAAUCUUUUUGUAUGACUACUCUUUGUGUCUAAAACUUUUACGUCUGCAAGUAAUUGCAUUGCUGAAAUGUAACAAUUGAUUCAAAGCUACUUAGUACUCCAAAACUUUGCCUGAUGUAGUUUGGCUAUUUUCCCCAGUUGAAGAGUUCUGUAUUAUUUAUAAAUCUUUAUUUUGAAACUCGCAUUUAGAGCAAUAACACAGACAAAGCUAAGCUGUAAUUGACGCAACGAGAGUUAUUUUGAAGUAUAACUACGUCUUCCACCGUACCUUGUUCAUUAAUCUCAGCUUAAAGUAAAAUCUAGAAGAUUCAGGAGCGUUUAUCGUGUAACUGGAUCAUAUCCUUGUGUUAUUAGGUGCGAGUUAUGGACUGGGUAAAUGUUGUGUGGCCUCAGGAUCUCAUUGAGCAACAAAGGGAUUCAACGAACUCUCUAGCUGAUAUGAAGUAUCCCAAAGUUAGAAAGUAAGUCGUGAUUUACUGACUCUAGCUUGCAUUCCCAGAAUCAAGUCUGAAGCUAAUGUUUAGAGGCUGGGUAAGAAAUCUAAUGUUGUGACCAUUCAAUUGAAACUUGUUCAGCACCUCUCUCUCUCUCUCUCUCAUUAACCUUACAAUCUCUAUUCGUUUUAAGAAUUUUAAAAGUGAAAUUUGUAAUUUUUCCGCUCCAAUUUUGAUUUUAGUGAGCAUCCUGCUUAAAUAGUAAUACUAGAGUUGAUCUGUCCGUGCGCAAUAUUUCUGAGGCCAUUAAGUGGACACGCAGCAGACAGCUAGGCUGUGUGUGUAAACUUGCGCAGAACUAUGAACUUGAUUUGGUUCAGUUUGCACAAUUUUAUCGCUCACAGAUAUCUCUUGAUACGAAAUGGUGAAUGCGACAUAUACAAAAUCAUGAGUGUGAAGUCGAGAUGUUCAGUAGAGCCUGCGCGCUGCGUUUUUUUCAUGAAGAUAAAACACGGUUUCUCAUUUUGAAUACAUCAACAGUUUAGUUGACAAAGACUGAAUUAGAAUAAAUCGAGAUCAAGUUUAGUCUUAGGGACAAUUUGAACAAACCGUGAGAAAGGUAUUCAGUUGAUCACUUGUGCUUCAAUUUCAUUUUCGAGCGUGAUACAUGGUUUCCUGUAAUCUUUAUGUGAUACAACUGAGAUAUAGUGAAGUGUAUGUUAUCCAUGCGCUCCAUGAUUUUCACUCGAUUUUACGGAUGAGAAAUAUGAUUACCUUAAACUUAAAAGCUGCUGCAGUGAAGCUAAAUGUUUUCAAUGUGAUACCAACUGAAUGAACGUCUAGUAGUUGGUAAUUCUAGUACUUGUCAGGUUGGUGUGAUUAUAAGAAAUUCAUCCGAAUGGUUUCCACUUUUGUUUCAUUAUUUGGUGUCUACCAACGUACAGCCGUGUAUGUUUGUACAAUUAAGAGACACGUGUUACGCUAAAUUUCUUUAUUCUUUCGUCGCUGUUCAAGCAAAAUAUGAGCUGUCUUUGAAGAGCUAAAUUCUUUGUACUAUAGUAAAUCUACCGUGUAUAUAUUGUGGCAUCAACAAAAUGCUAAAAUCAUGUGGAAUUCUGUCUGAAGUGUUUGAAAAUUUGACACGAAUUUGUCUCAUUCCGCUUUGGUUCCGGGGGACUAAAGUGGUUUACUUAUUAUGCUGCUUAUAUUGUCGCGGUUAGUAGAAGCGGCAAAAUUUCGGAGUUUCGUUCAGCGUUUUGUGGUUAACUGCAUGUCCUGUUCUAUCUAGUGUUCAAUAAUUUUCAAAUAUAUGUUGCGUGACUUCUCCCUCAAUCAACAAACGCUUGCUCAUUUCAAACUUGCGAUAAAUUAUUUCCCAAAGUAUUCUCCAAAGCCUGCUUCUCUCCCGAGAUGUGUCUUUCAUUAUUAGAAUUCAAAUUUCCAAGCCUAAAUAUAUAAGUAAUGCAUUCGUUUCAGCGCGUCGGAAGUUUUAAGGACUGAAACAUGACGAAGGCAAUGAACUUGGUUAUGGUCGACUGAGUAAGCUCGGUUUCUGUUUCGUUUGAAAACUUACUGCUCAUUCCUGUCCAUUAAGAGAAAGUAACAUUGUCGAUAAAAAGGUAAAGUUUAUUUAAUUGUGUACUUCAGCAUUGUCACAAAUAGAACGUUGAAAACACAACGGACGCAUAAUUCGACAUCGCCUCUCUGAAAGAGUUUGUUCUUUAAUUGCGAAGCAGAUUUAAACCAGCAGAAUUGGAAAUUCCUGUGUUGAAGUCCAACAAAUAUUUCCAAAUCGUUUUAGCGUCAUUGGAAUAAAAGUAGUCCAUUAAACAAACUUAAGAGGAAAUGACUUCUGACAACGGUUAUCAAACGAAUUUAAUCUUUGAGGAAUUCAAGUAAACUUACUAGUAAUAAUUUGUGCCGUGCCCACUGAGUAUAUACAUUUAGCUUGUCGGUUUGUCGAUCUUCCAAUGUAUGUCGUGUUUAGCGUUUAACUUCUUUUACAGUGCCAAAUUUACAAAAUUUAUGCCCUGAAAUUUGCGAUUGUCCCGCCAAAAAAACAAAAAACAUAGACAACAUUCAGGUUAUGUAAUAUUUGGUUUCUCGGCACGUACCCUAGAAGACACCUCUUUGUGACCAACAACAGCUUUAAAAAUAAGGCUUCUAUUCAAAUCUCAGCUCACCCUCCCGUAAGAGUUAUUCUUGACUAAGGAAGACUUUCCUCAUUAGCGGUUUCCAAAUUUUAACUUGAGCGUGAGAGAGGUUUUUUAAACCCAGCGUUUGUUAGGUGAGUCUUGAUCAUGAACUCUCUAAUAUGCAAAAGCUGUAGUACGGCCUUGAGGGUAAUUUUCAAGUCUCCCUCAGUGGCGCGAGUAGGAAGAAGUCUUUGAGUAAAGUCCUAAAUGUUUUAUGCUCACGGCUAACCUGUCUUUAAAAACAAGCUGUACUAUAUCUCCAUUAGUUAAAAAAGACGGCCAUUUUGAUAAAGUGUCUUAUGGCGAACAUAUUUCUAGUCACGUCUGAUUAUUAAAAGUCAGGACUGCAUGAACAAUCAUAUAUUUAAUCUUGCAAACAAUUAGCAAACUGUGGUGCUCGAUACCUCUAUUUGCAUGUGUUUCUUUUGUCUGAAGACUCUUCAGGGGAAAGAACCACUUUUUACCAAAUAAAAUGUACUUGCAUCAGUUUUACACGCGCAGUAAAUUUGAAUCUCAGAAUCAAAACUAGAAAACCCACCGUGCGUUGUUAAAAAAAACCAGUGUUUAUAUCAUUUGGCCUGAUGGUAAAAGUUUUAAAUUUAGUCUAACCCCAAGUGUAUGCAAUGUAAAAGACGUGUCUUCAUUUGUUAGGAUGUCGUUAUUUCUUUGUUGCUUUGUUCUGCUCUAAACUCUGAAUAUCUCAGAAACUACUGUUCGUCGCGAAUAACUUUCCUAGACCUUCAUACGAAUGAGCACAUUUUCAGGUUUCACUCACGAACUCAGAAGCUUGUUCCACUGUGUUCGGCAUAAUAAACAAGACCACAAAAAUUGCUGCUCGCCAUCUUUCAUGUGAGUUAUUAUGGUUAAGAAUUUCAUUCACAGACAGAGAAGCUAAAACCACCUUGUUCUUCAAUAAACACUACCUGUACCACAAAAAAUGUUACUCAUCGGCUUUCAUUUGAAUGAUAAAUUUAGAAAUCACAUCGACAACUACAACCAUUUCAUAGUCUUGCAAGGGAAAAACAAGGCUCAAGGAAAAAACAUUGCAGUCAACGAUAUUCAUUUGCAGACUCAAGACUAGUAUCAAUUUGUACAGUGUGUUCACUAUUGAACUGCAGAGGAAAGACGUACCAGUAAGUUGCUUGGGGACAUCACCACAGACCCAGAAUGUGUAGCUUCAAAGGGCUAUGUCACCAGGAUAAGCUGUUUUAGAUUAAUUCUGUGCUGAAGUCACUACUUAGUGAAUGCCUUUACCCAUACACUAAAUGCUCCUGUAUUGUUAUGAAAAAGAUGUCUAACGAAUUUCAUCACGGACGAUUUUUUGCAGGCAUAGCUUUAAAACUUGAAAAAGUUGGGCCACAGUUGGGCCAACUUUUUCAAGUUUCAAUCCGAACACAUCCUUGCUAUCCGUUGCAACGGACGACAGAAAUUGAUUGCGAAAACAAUUUUUUAGCUUUCAAAAAGAUAGAAAGUAGCGUGACUUAGUCCCUUUAUCUGUAAACAAAGCCACUAGAAAGUCAGGAAAGUCCUUCAUUAGCUUUCGUAGGUUUAUGGUAUCAUUUUAUAUAUGAUACAAACUUAAUGGGACAGCAAGAAAGGGCCAUGGCGUUCGUUGUUUUCUGGUUGUGGUUUAGACUAAGUAAUAUAGUUGUGACCGUGUUGAAGUGUUGAACGGAAAAAUAAACGACUCAAUAGGGAAGCAUUCUCAAAACUGACUUCUCGUUUGAAUGAUCAAAUGAAAAAGAAUUUCGUCCACAGACUCCUAAGCUAGAGCGUUUUAACAUGCGGCGUAAUAAACAACAUCAUGAGAAACUCUUGAAAAGAUAAAACUUCUUUUCAUGACUGGUGACAAUUUAAUAAUAAUAAUAAUAAUAAUAAUAACUUUAUUUCUAUAGCGCUCUUAUCCUAUGUUCAAGGCGCUUUACAGUCAUGUAAACAACAUUGUUGAAAAAUAUUUACAAAUUUACAACCAUAUCCUAUUAUAUUUACAAUGAGUAAAAAAAGGAAAACAUUAAAACUAAAGCAACUUUUAAACCAUCUUAUUCAUAAUGAUAAAAAAAAGGGAAAAAUUAAAAUUAACGGAAUAUAUACAAAUCUAUAAAAACAAUGAUCCGUUAUUACUGAAUUUAGUAAACUAGUACGUCUUAAGUGAUCUUUUAAAACUCGAGAUGGUGUUGGACUUCCGAAUUUCAUAGGGUAUUAAGUUCGAUUCUUUUGGUGCAUGAACAGCGAAUGCUCUAUCUCCGUAGGUCUUGGUAUACGAUCUAGGUUGCAUUAAAAGUUCAUUACUAACAGACCUCAAUGAUCUAGUAUGAGAACGAUAAUAUAGUUUCUGAGCUAAAUAGCUAGGCGAUGUCCGAUGUGCCCCCCAUUAAACCAUUGUUUUAAAUGCUCCUGGGAGUAUUGCAUUUUUAUUUUAAGACAAUAAGUUACAAAAUUUGGGGGGCAAAACAGAAUCUUGAAAAAAUAAUACGAUUUAUACACGAGGAACAGAAUCUUGAAAAUAAUACGAUAUUGAAUCGGUAGCCAGUGAAGCUCACUCAAAACAGGUGUGAUAUGCUGAAACUUACUUGCAACACAACUCUAGCCGCCGUGUUUUGUACAUACUGCAAUCUUUGUAACUGAUACUUAGGACAUAAUCCACAGACACAGAUGCUGUAGAACUCUCGGGGGGAACUCUCUAUAAUGUUCUUUACGAGCGGCUUAACCCGAAAAGGGAUACCUUAUUCAGGCUUCAAGUAUAUCAAAGGGAAGGGAAUUCAGUAGAACCUCCCGGGGGGCACUCUCUAUAUAUCUGCCUAUACCGUAGGCGGCUCCAUCCGAAAGGGAUACAUUAUUCAGGCUUCAAGUAUAUCAAAGGGAAGGGAAUUCAGUGGAACCUCCCGGGGGGCACUCUCUAUAUAUCUGCCUAUACCGUAGGCGGCUCCAUCCGAAAGGGAUACAUUAUUCAGGCUUCAAGUAUAUCAAAGGGAAGGGAAUUCAGUAGAACCUCCCGGGGGGGCACUCUCUAUAUAUCUGCCUAUACCGUAGGCGGCUCCAUCCGAAAGGGAUACAUUAUUCAGGCUUCAAGUAUAUCAAAGGGAAGGGAAUUCAGUGGAACCUCCCGGGGGGCACUCUCUAUAUAUCUGCCUAUACCGUAGGCGGCUCCAUCCGAAAGGGAUACAUUAUUCAGGCUUCAAGUAUAUCAAAGGGAAGGGAAUUCAGUGGAACCUCCCGGGGGGCACUCUCUAUAUAUCUGCCUAUACCGUAGGCGGCUCCAUCCGAAAGGGAUACAUUAUUCAGGCUUCAAGUAUAUAAAAGGGAAGGGAAUUCAGUGGACCCCCCCGGGGGCACUCUCUAUAUAUCCGCCUAUACCGUAGGCGGCUCCAUCCGAAAGGGAUACAUUAUUCAGGCUUCAAGUAUAUCAAAGGGAAGGGAAUUCAGUGGAACCCCCCGGGGGCACUCUCUAUAUAUCCGCCUAUACCGUAGGCGGCUCCAUCCGAAAGGGAUACAUUAUUCAGGCUUUAAGACGAAAAACGCUCCUUAUGGCUAUAUUAUUUCAACUUAUUAAACGUUACACGAAAAUUGUUUUAAGUGGGUAUGUUAAAGGGACACUAUUUGUCAAUAAAAGAUAUCUAUAAUGGGCACCUCUUCUGUCAAAAGUGGUAUAUAAAAGGGUGAGGGGUUAGACCUCGGGGCGGGGUCUCCCCGAGUAAAGCUUUGUAGAUGAGGUCCCCGGGUAUGUCACGUAAUACAGCAAAGCAAACAGGAAUGCAAGAAAUUACUGAUUUCUCCUUUCCUUCAGGCCCUGGUUGUUCAAACAUUGGAUAGUGCUAUCCACUGGAUAAUUCACUAUCCAGCGGUUAAGUAUUAGGAAAAUCAAAUGCGUCAUUUACUGGAUAGAGAUUUAUCCACGUGAUAGCGUUGAAUAUUUUUAUCCACAGACCCCAGACAUCAAACUAACUUCAAGUUAAACGUCAUACUCGACAGUUUCAUAUGCAAACUUUGCUAAAUUGAACGAUCACGUUUUGUUAUUUUUCUUUAAGAAACACUUUAUAGUCUAUUGCAUGAUGAACAGCUGUAAAACAAAGAAUUGCCACUUUGUCUAGCAUGACAAUAUAACAGGCAACAAUGCUGCCAGCAUUAUGUCACAGGAAAGUUCUACUCCAUAACUUUCGAAUGGGCAUAGGCGUCUUUUACUGUCUCAAAAUUCUUAUAACUUCCUCGCACAGUGUAAUGAAAUACUAAUGGGUAGCUCUUCGGACGGCUUAUAUUUCAGUCGAGUGACUCUGAAUUUGAUAUACCGUGAUAUGGCACGAGUCAGGGCUUUCUUUUGAGUUUUCGGCACGUGUUAGAUGCAGUAUAAUGUAACAGUAUUAAAGCUUCUAUUUCAGUGGAUUCGUUUUGGAAUUUUAUCUAUUGAUUGUAGCUAAAAGCAAGAACUGCGUAGGACCGAAUGUUUAGCAGUUAAUACGGGGAACUUUAAGAGUGAUCGGCAUUCAUUUGAGUUUUUGGCCCGGGGGGAGGGGGGGGACUCCCAUACAGAAGUGACAGGGAUGCUCGUCGGUAAAUUCAAAUUAAACCCCUAAUGGAGAGCAAUUUUGGUGUGGCUCAAGCUUAAACUGACCCCUAAGGGAGAUUUCUCUGUGUGGUCAGUUUCAGGGCAUUUUUCGUAAACAUCUUUGUGCACAGUACUAAGCGAUACCUGAAUGGGCAAAUAUAGUGACUCUCCAUCCCAAACACCCUAAGUGAGAGCAAAAUCUGCAAUUUACACCCCAAAGCGAGACAACAAGCAUCCCGUCACUUUAAUAUGGGAGUUCCCCCCCGGGAGUUUUGGCUGGCGCAAUGUAUAGCUUAAAUCUCUUCUUUUUACUUAUAUCCGCAGAACUAUCUAGAACCACGCAUCAUGAAAUAGUUAGCAGUACAAAUACGAGAAAUUCCCCACCCUAAGUGAUCCACGAUUCCAAAAGUUGGAGAUAAAUCAGUAAAUAGUACUACAGCAAAAGAUGUUAGGCAGACUGGAAUUUCAUCCUAGGUCAAAAUUUUAGAAAUGCAUUCGUCGAGUACUAUCAUUUGAUUGCUGAUAGUAAUCUGAUAACUUGGUUUCCUAAUUACGUUAAUUUGAUCUUUACUCGAAAAAAUAACAAGCAAAAUGAUCUUGAUAAAGAUGUGACGUGUAUUAUGUCACAAGCGUGUGAUGAGUAAUAAAUCUGAUUCCAUGACUUCAUCUUGAAAGUUUGAUCUUCCUGAAGACAGUAGGGCGCCAUAGCGACCCUCGCACGGGCCACUUCGUAAAACGGAAUCCUGAUGUCUCAAUCGUUUGGGAAUGUAUUAGAAAAGACAGUUCCUUUCAACUGUAGACUUCCCAUUGGCUCGUUUUUGCCUUUACAAAGAAAAGAAAGGAAAUUAAAGGAAAAAAAUUAGACAGUAGUGAACCGUUUGUUGGACGUGAAGAAUCCGUAUGAUCUGCAGUCUUGAAUUCGAUUUUGGACUCUCCAAAAGUAUGUUAUUUCAGCAUUUGAUGUCAUAAAAUUCAACCGCAACAUUAUGUACAGUCGACACCCGAUAACUUGGACCCUCGGUAACUCGAACUCCCCGCUAACUCGAAGUAAUUUUUGUUUCCCAUCAGAUCAUUUCUACAAUAUUUCACCCUCGAUAACUCGUACCAUGUUUAAAGCGCGUGACAAAUUGAUUAAAAAAAAUUGUUGUGUACUGUAGUCCGAAACAGUGAAUUUUUUUUAAAUAUCAACCGUGUAUUCUUUGUCUUUACUUUUUGUCAGUUCAGUGUAAAUAUUGUCCAGCCCUGUAUAUUAAUCAAGUUUUGUUGUUUAAAAUGCUCAAUUACUUUUUCAAAAAUCAUGUCUCUUGCUGCCCUUGAAGUGAAGGGUGCAUGGUACUUGCAUUGAAUUUCUUCCUCAUCCACAAGGUUAGCUGUCGCGCUUGUCACCACCACAAAUUAAUGUGAUUGUUUGAAAACCGUAUUUUCCUUAUUCCCGGUUUUUUGCUACGAAAUUCCGAUAACUUGAACUUCCGAUAGCUCGAAGCCAUUUUUUCAAUUUCCCUUGAGGGUUCGAGUUAUCGGGAGUCGACUGUACGUAAUGCAGUACAGUUAUGCCAAGAUAUAUAAUGCACAGGAUGAGGGAAAAAAAAACAUUAAUCAAUAAUGUAGUAAGUUGGUAAUUUUGCCCUCAAAUGCUGCUAGUGUCCACGUUCAUAAAUCAUUCUCCGUGAGGGGACAGCUCCCAUUACCCAUUACACUUUUUCUUCUUUCCGAGGAGGUCGACUUAAGGUAGUUUUGACCGUUCAUUUCGUUGUUAGGUAUGUGUUAAUGAGUGUGGGCGGCUGCUACACGGACUUUCAUAUCGAUUUUGGUGGAACAUCCGUUUGGUACCAUAUUAUGAGGGGCAAGAAGGUGAGGUUUUUUAACUCCUUUAGUGGAAAUUCGCCGUCACAGCAUUGUCCGAAGAAAGUGAUGCCUCUCGUUUGGCUUACAUUUGAAUAGUCUACCCCCCCCCCCCGUUGUUUACUCAUUUUUAAUAGCAUUACGUUUAGACGGUCCGGGACGAAUAUUUGAAAACCGGCCUAGGCUCAAUUUUCGCCGCACUUCAGAGUCCGGUCUUUGCUCCUUAUCGGGAGAGCUUCUUUCAAAUGGAUGAGUGCGGGUUCUUUUUCCCGAACAGUAGAGCUGAGAGCAAACUCUCCAUUUGGGGGAUAUAUACCGUGAAAAGUACAUGCGCACGCACGCUCGCGUGGCUCGCGCAGGCUACCCGAACAGCCGCUGGUAAUCAAUGAAAAGGAGUCGUCAUAGAUCUGAGAAAUGACGUCAAAAUGUUCGACUGAUUUCACUGCAACGGUUUUUGGACAUUCAUAAAGUGCAGUAAAUGAAGGGUCAUGCAAUCUUUUCUAUGCAGAGAAAGAGACUUUAGAUCCAUUAUUACAAACGAGAUGGAUUCUACUCUCGUCUUGUUUAUUUACCCCCUUCACUUAUAAGUACGUUUUCUGGGAGCUCAACACUUUUGUUCGAUAACAACAAAUCCUUGAUAGCAACAUGAUAAAAAAAAAUCGUGUUGAAAUAUUUGCGGCCAUAAUAUUGGUUUCAAUAUCAUCCGGUUUUGAAGUGGUAGGUUUGUAAAGAAACAAGGUCAUAUUUCCUUUCCUGGGUCAUAUUUCCUUUCCCCCAUUUUUAGGGGGAAGAAAGUGAUUAAGCCCCCCUUCCCCUUCCUCUUAUUAAGAUGGACCUUAUAAAUCAAUCACGACAAUAAUUCGUGUGGACUGUACCGGUAUAGUUUAUUCACGUACUGCCAGUUCGGAUUUGCUUUCGAUCUUCAGCUACAUGACCUCUAACCUCAUGUACCUGAGCUUUUCCACUUUACUUUCUAGUUAUUUAUGGAGAAUUGAUAACGUCAUAUUCACUAAAUUAGAUAAGCCCCCCGCUUUUCUCAAAUAACUCCCGGGGAGCUUUAUAGAGGAUUUACGGUAAUACAAAUUGUGUUGAUGUUAAUAUUGUGGGUGUUCUGUAGGUUUUUUGGCUUAUUCCACCCACGGAAAAGAAUCUUCAUUUGUACGAGCAGUGGGUGUUAUCUGGAAAACAACAAAACGUUUUUUUUGGCGACCAAGUUGAGAAAUGUUGUCGCACUUACUUGGAAACAGGAGAUACCUUCUUAAUUCCCACAGGUAAGAGGCAAUAUAAGUUUUAACACUCUUCCAUGCUGUCAAUAAAUGAAUUAUACUUUAUAAGCCCUCCAUUCAUAUCAAACUUUUGCGAUAACUACAAUAUAUAAUCAUUUAACGCUUAGGCCAAACGUCGAACCAAACUUAAUGAGUUAAGUUCAACGCGUCUUAAGUUCGACGUCUGACCCAACAGACGAUCUUAAACUUAAUUUAGGUCGACCCAAGUUAGAGUGUUGUUCGUCUCAUGAAAAGUUCGACGUUUGGCCUAGGCCUAAGUGAACAUGCUUCCAUUAAAAAAGAACGUAAUUUACGAUUCAAACGUUAACCCUUUGUGACCAUUUGUAUGCUUUUCAACCGCUCGGUUGCAGUUUACAGUUUUUGUAGAAACCAAUUCUAUUACCGUGUUUUUUUCUCUUUUUUUUUCUUGGGCAUUUUUGAGCUGGUCUUUUUGUGUGAUGCAUUGUUUUGUUUUGUUUUGUUUUGUUUGUCAAGUCUUCUUCUGAAAAAGUAAAUUUAUUCCAAAAAUAGGAAGCGUAAAAUUAUUGAAAGGCUCGUUCAUUCUUGGACAAAGUUGGAGCUAAAAGCUCAGCCAUAUGUUAUCAAACUUACAGAUACUCGUUUAACAUUACCUCCGUUUUUACUGAUUUACUUAAGGAAGUAACUGACUACUCUCUUCCAAUUUCAGUUAAGUUUAUUAUUUUCGUGGCCUUAUCCACAUUGUAGUUUGUAAUAUAGUUUUUGUUGUUGUGCGUUUUAUGCAGCGUAGUCCCUUAGCCUUCUCUCUUGCCCUGUUGUCCGCGCGAAGCCCGGGAAAGGGUGCAAGUGUCUCUCGGUGACGUCACAACUGACGGUAAAGUCCAGGAUCAACCUACGGAGUAGAUAACGCCUAUUUGCCACUAGCACAUCUCCCAUAAUGCACCUAUUUUGCCCUCCAAAAUUUUGCAUAACCUUUGUUUUUCAUUUCUCCUGAGUAUUACAGCUGUCCCUAGAGAAAUUGAAAACGAUGCUUAUGCAACAUUUUGGGGGACAAAUAAGGUGCCUUAUGGGAGAUGUGCAAGUGGCGAAUGGACUAGGCUGUAUGUUAUGCAUUGCAGAGUGAAUCCUGUAUUUUGCAUGUCAUGCAUUACCAUCUUAUUGGUUAUUCGUGUUGUGCAGGGUGGAUCCAUGCGGUUUUUACUCCAGAAGACUCGCUGGUAUUUGGUGGCAAUUUCAUUCACAGUUUCAACAUCCCAGGACAAAUUAAGAUCAGCGAGAUCGAAGACAGUACGAAGGUAACUUGUGAGGUUGACCACAGAGUUAUCUUUUAAAUAGUCUAUCUUUAUUUAAUUCUCGCUCGUUUGCGCAUUCCAUUUCGAUGCAGCAAAAGACUUGUUCCACAUAAUUUACGUAUUUUUACGAGACAAAAAUAGAAUGUACGGCUACCAUCUCUCUGGUAAGUGACUGGCGUUAGACUUAGCUCUCCCCUUGGAAAAUUGACGUGGAGAAUAGAGAAGAGGAGUGAUGGCGUCACAGACACUACGUUUGUGAAAUUAUGGGAUCGGUUGGCGUUUCCAGAAAGAACAAGAUGAAACAUGUUUACUUGCUCAAAAUCAGCCUGUUGGUACAAAUUGGCGGGGAGAUAUAGGCAACGUUAUGCUCCGGUGACUCCAUAUAAAUCUUUCUAAAAUAGGCCUGGAUCGUUAACGUUUCUAUCCAAGCCAAUUUUAGAAGGAUUUGUAUGGAGUCAUCAGAGCAACCCUGUGCUUAUAUCUCCUCACCGGUUUGUACUAACAGUCUGAUUUUAAGCAAGGGGCUAUUUUCAUCUUAUUCUUUCUGGUCGUUUUGGUGGGUUUUCACGAAAAGCCUGGUGGCAAAUGUCUCUAAUGAGUGAAGUAGAACUGGAAGUCAAACGGCAAAAAAAAAGCAUUUAAACCAAGCAACUUUAAGUUAGUUUUGGAAAGCCGAACUUCUAAUUCUGAACCAUUUUGCUUUUUUCACCAGGUUCCCCUGAAGUUUCGAUAUCCAUUCUUGCCGCAAAUUAUGUGGUAUGCCGCUGACAAGUAUGUUCGGCUUUUGGAGCGAGACAUAAAAGAACGAUGUCUAAUCGAGACACCGAAAAAAGACUCAAGAAAACAGGGAGCAGAAAAUCCCAAGAAAAAAGAAACACUUGGUGUUAAAAGACCAGUCAAAACUGAGAGCGAAGAAAAGAGCGAAGAAACCAGUUCUCCUGCGAAGAAAGACGCUGCUGGAGAAGACACAGCGGGGACGCCGAGCCGCCGAAGAUCAAGCCGAGUCGCGAAGAACGAGGAGAUCGCCCGCCAAGCACAGGAGAACAAAGAAAAGGCAGUAGUACAGAAAGAGGAGGAGAGUGAAGGAGAUAACCGAAAAAAGAGAACUCCUAAAAAAGCAAAGCAUAGCGAAGAAAUGAACGGACAACACCACGAAGAAAAUGAUGAGAAUGACAAUUCACCUGAAGUGAAAGAGGAAGAGAAGACUCCGUGGUCUGCUGUCUACCUUACCCGGUUUGAAAUGGAUGGGUUAUAUAAGCUAAUGCAGAAACUAAGAACAUGGCCUCUGGCUAAAAAGAACGUUCCUGAAAAGGUGCAAGAUCCUGAUAAAAUAUUGGAGAGACUGGAGGUUUGUGUCACGUGAGCCUCCCCCUUUAUUAAAUUAAGCUUGAUUCGAUGAGAUCGUAUACUCUCUUCCCAUAACCCUACGGCCCCAAUGUAGACAAUCGUCAACCCUUUGGCCCAGCACAAAAGAACAAUCAGUAGGUGUAAAAGAAUGUUCUAUUUACUGGCUUUGCUGAAGUAUUGGCUGUUUGCUCUUUUUGUCCUCGUGCGAAGGCCCCUCUCCGGCUUAGAGAGAGAGGACGCUCUGGGGACGAGACUGCACCCUUUUGCCACGUUUUCGUGCGUCUUCCAUAAAUCCGCGUAUGACCCGUUUCACUGGCGUUCGAUCCCUUCAAACUCAAAUUUGUUAGAUAAAGAACGUCUGAGUACGAGUCAAGGCUCUUUUUAGUAGCUUUACAUGCCAAUAUUUCUUCACUGUGCUUCAAGAAAACGGACAGUUCAUUUUGCUCAAAAAUUAAGGCAACGAAAGAAUGAAUAAUAAUUCUCAUAACAGUAUAAAAAAAAAUCGACUUGUAUUACGAGAGUUAAACGUGGCAGUCUCUCUACUGUGAAACUUCCCGAUCGAAUCGGUAUUUUAUAAUUCUGGUUUCGGUGGAGGGAGUAUUUCCAGGGAGCAAAAACAAGUUCAAUUCCCAAUAAACCCUGUCUCAUCAAGAAAUACGUGGCAGGUGUUUGCUAGAGCAAGGAAAAGAGAAAAAUUGGCACGAUAGAACUCGAUGGACUCCCUCGCGCGCCCCAUUUUGCCCUUUCCUCGUCCCUUUCGAAUGCCUGCAACCAAGGCUAACUCCCACUAUAAUCCUAGAGAUAAGCCAUACAGUUCCCCAAGCCAGAAGUCCAGGUUAUUAUCACUUAUAUUCAUGGUGAAAACCUGGACUACGAGGAGUUCCUUAAUUUUCUCGGGGAUAGUAGGGUGAGAGAACAUACACGAGCGGGUGUGAAAAAUAGUUACCUGCGGGAAGGGGGGACCCCUUUCUUCCGCGUGACGUCUCUCCUCGCUGGUGACGAUUUCCACGCACGCUAGCGUGUGUUGCUCGUUCUGAUAGCCCAGCGGACGUAACGGUCUGACUCGUAGUCUUUUUUCACCAGAAGUCACUAAGCUUCUAACCCCCCCCCCCCCCAAAUGGAUAACUGCAGAGACAAAAAUGUUUUCCGUAACAGGGCGUUAGUCGCUGCUAGUGUAUUCUGUGUGUUAACGCCCGGAAAAAAAUAUGUCCUCUUUCACUGGGAUACGGACCUUCUUAAAAAUCGGCCUGGAACACUGUGUGCAUUUUUACACCAGUUUUGUGUUGUUCACUCAGGAGUUACUUGUCCUCCACCGAGAUGACGAUCCAGCUCUAGCAGCCUCGGGUAUGCAGUAUCUGCUACAAAUUGACCAACCUCAGGUAACAUAAUAUUCCUCGCAGCUGAACUGUCACGCAAUAUCUUUAUUUGCUAUGAACAAUUCUAUGUACCGAGGGUUGAGCACAUAGCGUGAAAACGCUAACAAACCAGCUGGCCUCCUGACAUGACCAAAACGAUAAAAUAUAUGCAGUGAAAAUAACAUUACAAUAUGAUUUAAGAAAAUGCUAAAAAGUAGAAAAAUAACAUUGAACAUGCAUUACAGAAUACAACGGUUUAAAAACUGAUGACUUCAGUAAGGUACUUUUCCAAGCCUUGUUAGCAAGCUCGAGCAGACUUGCAAGAUAAAAUUCGAAUCCCUACAGUUAUCCCACUACAAUGAACGAAAGGCAAAUCCCUUUCGUAACUGCCCAGCCGAACAGUUCAUUUUGAAAAGAAAUGUGCUUUUCUCGAAGGUUUUCGCUAAAAACUUAUCACCGCUGUGCAUACUAUUUAGAAAUCGAAAUUAGAGGUUCUAGAGAGUUGCAUACUAUCCGAUCGACUUAUCUGACUUGCUAGUCCAGAGUAAUAGUGAAAUUCGCAAUACGAAUGAACUGGUCUGACCGGCUAGUUCUGAGCAAUGCAAAUGUCCUAAGACUCUUAAUAGCUCUCAAAACAAGAGUACAGCAACACAGUCGCGUGUUUCCUUGUGCUUUUAUUGGAUAACUAAGAAGGGUUCAUGGUAUUGACUUGCUUUUUUCUCUACAGAAAAAGUCGGUGAUGAAAAAGCACGUUUCCAGAGGACCAAUGAUUGGUACAAAGGUCGGCCCAGGAAUAAGACGUCGACGCACUCGAUGUGGGCAGUGCGAGAAUUGCCAGCGAGAGGACUGUGGCGAGUGCAAAACUUGUAAAGAUAUGAAGAAGUUUGGAGGACCAGGAAGAAUGAAACAAUCCUGUCAACUGCGAGUUUGCACUGAUGUACGAUCAACUGUUAUUUGGCUAUAAUACGGGAGUUAAUAGAGAUAGGAUUGACGCUUCAAAGGAGGCAGAUUACCUCUUAGUUUGUUUACACCUUUGUGGCCAUUUCAGGUGCCCUGUUCUGGCCCUUUCUCUCUUAAGAAUAUCAAACAUCGGAAUUUGGGAAACAAUCGAAUUUUUGUUUUGUCAAAUGUUGUAAACUGACAAAUGGCACCAUAUAAACGGACGGAUGAAGAGGUUUUUAUUGAAUGAUCCCUUAAGAGGAUUUCCUCCCCAGACUCAAACUUCCUAAACCUGUCUCCAUGAGUGGAAGAUGAAUCAUUUUGGACGGUUUAUUUCAGAAAGGAAUUUGAAAAUAUUUAUCCCUGCUGCCAUUAUACUCCCGUAGGAGUCUUUCGAUUCACUCUCAGUCAAUUCGGAGACGGGUAAUGUCGAUUGAAUUUUGAGUCUAGACGGAAUCCUCUGGCGUUUUUGGUGGUACAAUCAAACGCCGCUAAGACAUAGUGUCCGUAUUAACGGAGUGUCCUAUUAUGAAGCGGAUUGAAUUUAGAGGAAAUGUAGGAGAUUUCUUUCCCCAGGGACAAAUCAAACUGUCCGUGAUAAUGAGGUGUCCAUAAAGCGGGAUUCGGCUGUACUUCGAACGGAAUCAUUUGCAAACAGGAAUUUAGGAUUUUUGUUUAAUUUCAGUUCCCCACUCGUUAAGGGACUUGUCAGAAAUUAACAGGGGGGGAGGAGGGUGGGAAUUUUAAAUUUGGGUUCGGAAAUGAGGUGACCCAUCCCUGCAAUGGAAGUGAAAUUUGCUAACCCUCCCCUUGAGCUUGACCUAAAAUAUCAAUAUACCCUCCCCCUCUUGUAUAAAUAAUAAAAUCUAGUUCUUGCAGUACACUAGGGUGAGUCAGUAUUAUGAAAGCUCAAAAUACAUUUCUAAUAUGUUCUUUGUAAUGCCAUAUACGUACAUUUUAGAUGACAGCAUUAAGAGUCCGACUCUGAUUCUAACAGCUUUCACUCGACUCUCCUAUUUCUCCCACUUUUUUUUUUUUUUACAAAAUAAAGAACUUUUUUCUUUUGUGGGUGAACCUCUACAUGAUCACGGACACAUAUUUGUAUCACCCUCCCCCUUUCAACGGCCCAUUUUUCAUAGCCCCUCCCUUUUCUGCAGUCUCAAAAAGUUGUGACCCUCCCUCUGUUUCCACCCCACCUCCCCCCCUGCUAAUUUCUGACAAGUCCCUAAGGGUGAAAAGUUUUAGAGUCAGUUAUUUGUUAUUUCAUUACAGCCCAACUUGCCGACCUGUGUGCGCUGUUUGGUAUGCAAGGAAGUGAACAAAGAAGAGCACCCCUUAAUGGAGUGUAGGCUCUGUGGUGAGAUUGUUCAUCCAACCUGUCUGGGUGACACUAAGGGGCGCUGUAAAAUGGUCACAGAGAUUAACAACUGUUGGGAGUGCCCCAAGUGCUGUAAGGACUCAUCUGUAAGUGUGUGUUAUAAUAGUUAUCCGCUAAGUUAACAUUUGUGGGAUCGUCUUAUCGACUAGAUUUUAGACUAUGAAAGGUCGGUUAUUUUCCGCGAAAGAUAGUAAAUAAACAAAACACACGAGAGCGCGGGGUAUCCAUUCCCCUUCCCCGCCCCACCCCCCGAGCCAGGAGAACUAAUGGGGAAGAGAAAUGGGUCAGGAAAAGAAGGGCGAGAUCCAGUCAUGCGUUGUGAAUAUAGCGAUGAUUCGGCACUCAAAUGAAAACUGAUAAUUUUUCUCCGUACUGUGUAAAACAUUUGUUUUGAACUUCCCUUUUCGUUUUGGAAAUAGGGAGGCUUAUACUCACGCAAAAGUACUGCUAUUUUCAAAUCAAAACGAGAAGCAUGCAACUUUUUCUGACCUUCCUAUACUCUUUUCUCUUUCUAGGCUUCGUCUCUCGGGGAUCUACAACUCUCACCUGCGAAGAAACGAAAGGUAAUAACAAGCCCACUCCGAAGAGACGCAAGGACAGCUAAUCGGGACAAAAUAUCCAAGGGCGAAAUCAUUCUCAGCAAAGUUUGCGAGAAUAAUGUUAGAGCUUCUGGGCCCUUCCUGUCACCAAACCAGUUUCAGAAGCAUCUGAAUUUCCGGCUUCUGAUUGGCUAGGAAAUGAAUCAGAAGCAGGGGAGGAUCCAGUAGCCUGCUAGCAAACGCGUCUCCUUUCGCGUGCUGCUCUUGCGUGAAAUCUCGCGACUCUCCUAAAUGAAGAGCUUGCUCGUGGGCUAGGGUUCCAAACGCUUAAGUGUCCAGCUGCUCUGCAGUUCCUCCUGCAGCACUUUUCGUCCUUAACAAUCCCCUCUUAGUCAGCUGCGCCGGGGUUCCUUGCUUUGUUCGUUUCUCUUGUGUUUUUGCUUUUCUGUUUUUUGUAUUUGACUUUACGAGAGUAGUGUUAGGAUUUGAAAUAACUCAGAAAUGCUUUUGUCUCAUCAGUUACAUUUUCUCUCUUACCAUAGGCAAGUCCCUCUAAAGAUUCUUCAAAAAAGGUAUGUCACUGGUUUUUAUUCUUUUCUUAACGGUGAGCUACAGCUAGAAAUAUACGUCGAAUUAACUGAGGAGUUUUCAGAAAAGUUGGAAGGCUGGCAAUUAUUUAACAUCCACUUCAUCUCAGAAAUUCUUCCGUUCUUUAAGAAAUGAACGAAAAGAUGACAUAACGUGCAGAAACACUGAUUUGUAGGUUUGUUUACGGAAGAUUGGGAAACAAGCGGGUCCACAGAAAAUUCGAUGCGCGUGAAAUAUAUGCGUUAGAGGCGAUUUUUCGCGCGCCAAUUCUAUCGCCCAUUCUACAGCCUCAGAGCAAGAUCUCCUAAGUCUCCUCUCACUUUAUUGGUCAGGAGGAGAUUUUCAUUUCUGUUUGUUUCGUGGCUGUUUUAGAUUAAAAGAGUGCAUCAAAGUGGAAGUGAGAAACAGUCGGUAAGUGAUAAGUAGCAUUAACUGGGUCCAUAAUACAGACUGGCUGCUUUUAAAAAACAAAUACUAAAUUAAUUUAUUUUUGACGAGAUUUUAUGCUUUUCGAAAGACCAGAAGAGUAGUGAAGAGUGCAAAAGGAUUGUUGUUUAAUCGACUCGAGCGCAUCUUACGUGCAAUUUAAUGAUGCGAAUGUUGCAUAGCCUCGUAUACAUACUUUUUAAGAGGAUCGCAACCUCGUUCCCAGGAUCGUAUUGUCCACUCUCCCUCCAGGAGAAGGAAAAAAGAGAGACACUGGGAACGAGGUUGAUAGGAUCGUUACCUGACGACCUAAAAGGACAUGCGCGUGACGCUACAUGCAUAAUAAGACCUGUUUCCUAAAGUUCUCAUUGAUAUGUGUAUAAUUACAGCUACUUGUUAACAUCCUCGCAAGUAAGACUGAAUUGCGAAAGAUUUGCUCGUACUAGUCUCUUUUACGUGGAAACGAGCCUCGAUAAAAGCGUUCUGAUUGAAAUCUUGAAUUUGUACGUCGCAUUUCAGAAAAACGAUGUUAGAUAUUUCUGACUCAUGAUAGUAUCGAGCAGUCUUGUAAAUGUCGCUUAUUUUCCUAUACUGCUGUGAGACUUACUUCUGGUCAUCUGAUAACGCAGAAGGGUUUGUGAACCUGUCUUCAAGACUUGAAUCACCAAUCAUCAAGUUAAAAGACAAAUGGCUCGCCGAACCAUUACAUAGUCCACGUCUGAUUAAAAGAAUGCAACAACGCAACAUUACGCGCAGUUGCAGCUUGUGGGGUAGUUCCCAGUGUAAAUUAAAUGCGUUAAUAAACCAUUUCCGAAAUGCCUCGAUCCUUUGUUUGAAAACGAAGAUAAGUGCGAAGUUUCUGUUAUAAAAUACUUUAUUUUCAUGCAAAUAAACUCGUUUGUGUACCUACGGUUUUGCACUUUUGAUUUGAGGAAUUUUGGAUUUUGCACUCGGAAAUAGCCGAUUGCUGUUUCUCAGCCCGCGUUGAUGGUGGUUUCGUUUGAGCGAGGUAAAGAAGGAAGCUUCAUUGGCGUCGACGCCACGAAAACAAGGGGUGAAAUCGCGAGAAGAAUAAUUCCCCCUCUUCAUAUCUCUCACGGCUAUGUUGGCUAGCUGUUAAGUCAGUUAGCGAGGUCAGUGCUGUCGAUUUCGAGCCGCCUGAAAUGCGACGUAUAAACCAGGCUUCAUUUGAUCGUCGUGCUUUGAGUCAUCAAGUGACUAUCUAUGGUUUAGGUUUUGAGUCAGAGAGUGACUAUGGCACGUGUUAAGUUUUAUUUGUCAUGUUUCACUUAUCCAUGUCAUUCCCUACGCUGCAUUCACUUUUCCGGUGGCUGUUCGGCUUCCACGAGAAGAGGGACUGUACGCUUAUAGACGGCCUGAAUAGCAAAGUCAACUAAAAACUCAUCUCCAAACUCAUUUUCCUAAUCGACAGGAUGACUGUGCUGCUAAACUUUCGCCUCAGAAAGCUCUCGGGACAGCACCGCUAAGUAUGUGAUACAGUAGUCAGAUUUUCUGUGUACUGAUUGUUGUGACUGCACUAAGUGACAAAUUUGGAACUCAAGUUCGGCCAUUUCUGGGAUUAUGUGCCCAGCCGAGCCACCAUAAUGGCUACCUCUUCUCAGCGGCCGUACAUCACCAUAAGCAUAUUUUGUUCUACACUCCGCAGAGGCUCCAGUCAUUCAGCCAGCAAACAGAAUUACAAACGAGAUCGAAUAUUCAAACCAUUCAAAUUCGCUAUUUUAGAAACGACAAGGAAACUGGGCCGAGUUAACUUUCGCAAAGACUUCUGGGACUGUUACUUGGAACAGAGAAAAAAUUGACCAAUAGCUGACCGGUGCGUCCCCAUUAACGAUACCAGAAACAACUGCGGGACAUAUUUCAGCUCCAGUUCUCCUCUCGUUUCUGAAGUGGCGAAUGGAAAAGAGAGUCUGGAAACCUCUCCUCCCAGUGUUCUCUGAGCUAGCAGUAAAGGGGCCUCUGCGAAGGAAGGGACUAUUUGCACUUCACCAAGCACUAAAUCAGUUGCUUUGACACAGGCCAUUCUAAACCCCUUCACUGCAAGUUUUUCCUGCCACGGUAGUCCACUCAAAAACAUCGCACAACUAGUUUUCAGCUGUCAGAGUGGUUACGGUAAAGGAAUUCGUUGACAGACUUUCGAAUUGGGUUUCAAGUCGUGUGGUUGAAAUGGUCAACUUGAUGACCGAAAAGCCGUCGUAAGGUAUUGUAGGGUAGCCUUCAAGGCAGGUCACAUUCUCGAGCGAAUCCUUUAUAAAGAGAAAUAAAUAUCGGUGCGUGACGGACUAGAGCAAGAGUACGUACAAAGAGCGUGGUCACUUAUUGCAACCAGUCGAGAGUCAGCAUUUCGCAUACCCAGGAUCUACAAAGUCUUAUCUGAAACUCGACUAGUUUUUUACCGUCUUUUGAACAUUUUUCCAACAGCUAAAGUUGUUCUGUUGCCUCCCCUGACCCCGUUGUCCGAAACGGCUUGGAAUGAACGGUUUCGAACAUUUCCACGCGUGUACUUUAGGUCUUGCAAUAGGCAUAGUGCUUUUAAUCCUAAUACCGACCGAGACCGACAUUCAAGGAAAAACGUAGACGAGAAAGGAGCAGUUACUUCUAAGAGCUGAAGAGCUUAAGUUUGAAUGGUUACACUUGAGAUUGUUAUUUAUGAAAGCGGUUUCACGGUGGCAGUGAAGGGGUUCCCACUCAUAAGCACAUUGUGAAAAACACAUAUAACCAUUAAAAAUAGUAACAUUAAUGAUGUAGACAACGACAGAACAGUGCUAAUUAUAAUGGUAAUGAUGGCAAUUGUGAUAGUGAUAACACCUAUAAUAAUAAUAAUAAUAAUAAUAAUAAUAAUAAUAACAAUAAUAAUAUUUUUUAAUUGAUAAUAAUAAUAAAUUUUAUUCAACUUUAAAAAUAUGUAUAUAAUUUACAGAAAUAUUUGAAGUAAGAAUUUAGCACUAUAUAACAUCAAGAAUCAUAAAAAUCAUAAAAAUACAAUCACUGUGUCAAUAACGAUUUCCCAAAUACAUUCCUUGCGGCUCAGAUGCGAUCAAUAACUCUUGCAGGCAAGCCAGAGUUGUAAAUUAAGUCAUUGCAAAAGAGAAUUAUCCGCCUCUGAUAUUAAAAAGAAACAAGCUAAAAAAAAUAAAAUCUAGUAUUCCUAAAUUCCUAAUUCUUUAAAAAGUUCUUAAAAAAAUAAAAAUAUAUAUAAUAAUAAUAACAACAACGAUGGUAGUAAUUCUAAAAUAGUAUUAGUUGUGAUAACAAUAAUGGUAACGUUAUAAUGACAAUUAAUAAUGAUUAUUUGACAAUAUUUUUGUAUUUCUUGCAGAGGAGCAAAAUGGACAGCAGCGAGUCCUCAGAAGAAGAAAGUGAUCCAGAAUCUAUUGCUGCUGAUGACGAUGAGGAGGAGGAGGUUACUCCUCCAUCUAAGCGCCGCCCUGUUGUAGUGCCCAAACUCCCUGUUGGUCCCCCGCCGGAAGUGAAACCCAAGCGCGUGGUUCGUCCGUGCCCUAUUUCUCCUCCGCCUCAGUCUUUUAUGUUAGUAAAUGACCAAAAUCAUGUGAUGGACCGUCAGCUUUGGCUUGAAGUGUUCAGCUUUCUCUCGCAACCUGAGUUGUGCGUGUGCAUGCGCGUAUGUCGUACAUGGAACCGCUGGUGCAUGGAUCGACGGCUCUGGUCAGUUAUUGACCUAUCAGAGAAAAAAGUCGUCAGCGCUGCUGCUCUCAAGGGAAUUGUUCGACGUCAGCCGACCACGCUGAACCUUAGCUGGACAAACGUUACAUUUCAACAACUGAAGUGGCUGCUGAACCGCCUGCCGAGAAUCCGGGAACUUUAUCUAAGUGGCACGACAGAAGCCACACUUUAUGCUCUCUCGUCUGUUGUCUGCCCUCGGCUCAAAGUCCUUGGACUAAGCUGGUCCGUGGGAAUCACUGACUCGUUGUUGAAGGAAAUCAUCUUGCCUGUUUCUGACUCUCGCGCCGGUUCUGUGGAGAGCAAAAGCUCGUUUUACAGGCUAACUACUUUAUUUCUUUCCGGAUGUGACGUGACCGGGUCGUCUCUACGUCUUUUGGUUCAGCAUUGCCCGGAUUUGCGCAAGCUUGAUUUGAGCCUCUGCCCUGGAAUAACCGAUCAAGACAUUGAAAGUGUCUGUGGCCAAGCUUUGAUCAAUGAGUUCCUUCUUAGUGGUUGUGCCAGUCUGACUGAUAAAUGUUUGUCUUUUUUGAAGCUUUUCCCUUCCAUUGCACGCCUCGACCUUCGUUCCUGCACUGGCGUUUCGACUGAUGCUCUGCAAGAAUUUGUUAAAAACUCCAAGGAUGACCUCAAAAUAAUGGAUAAAAAGCUUAUUGUAAUUAAGUAA